AUGGCUGCUCCACGCGUAGUCAAGACCUCGGGAGGGAACGCUGCUUUCCACAACUUCCACAACGACUUCGGUCACAUCGCAGACCCCAAUGAGCGAAGGCGACUUGCCCUGGCCGAGAUCGAUAAGGCGCCCUUCGGGUGGUAUCACGUUCGCGCCAUCAUGGUCGCUGGCAUUGGAUUCUUCACCGAUGCCUAUGACCUGUUCGCCGUCAACAUGGUCACCUCCAUGCUGGGCGUCGUCUUCUGGCAGAAUGCUAUCCAUUCUCCCGGAAAGAUCCCUUCGAAUGCGGACACUGCCAUCAAAGUCGCGACAUCCACUGGUACUGUAAUUGGUCAGGUCGGAUUUGGUAUCCUUGCCGACAUUGUAGGCCGGAAGAAAAUGUACGGCCUCGAACUCAUCCUCAUCAUCUUCGCCACGGUCGCUCAAGCCCUCUCUGCCCACUCCCCGGCCUGCUCCAUUGUGGGAGUCAUCGUGUUCUGGCGCGUCCUGAUGGGCAUUGGUAUUGGCGGCGACUAUCCCCUGUCUUCCAUCAUCACUUCCGAAUUUGCGACUACGAAAUGGAGAGGCGCUAUGAUGGGGUCCGUCUUCGCGAUGCAGGGCAUCGGGCAAUUCGCCGCAGCCAUCGUAGCUUUGGUGGUCACUCAGGCCUACAAAUCCUCCCUCGAAACGUCACCGUCGGUUGAUAAAUGCCAUGGUGCCUGCGUCGCAAGCGUAGACAAGAUGUGGCGCAUAGUCAUCGGUUUUGGAGCCGUCCCGGGCUGUAUCGCGCUCUAUUACCGUCUGACGAUUCCGGAGACCCCUCGGUAUACUUUCGAUGUCGAUCGUGAUGUUAUCCAGGCUAGCUCUGAUGUGGAGGCAUUCAAAGCUGGCGAGUCCAAGGGACAUCCCGAUGAGAUUACUCGCGCGCAAGCGAAGGAGGACGACGCACAGCAGCUCGAGGUUCCCAAGGCAUCGUGGGCCGACUUCUUCGGGUGGAUCAAGAAGUGGAAGAACGGCAAAGUCCUGCUCGGUACUGCUGGUUCCUGGUUUCUCCUCGAUGUGGCGUUCUAUGGCCUUGGGUUGAACAACUCCAUCAUCCUCACCCAAAUCGGCUACGCCCACGGCGGCAACGUUUACGAAAUCUUCUUCAACCAAGCCGUCGGUAACCUCAUCAUCACCUGCGCCGGAGCAAUUCCCGGCUACUGGGUGACCGUCGCCACGGUCGACACCCUCGGCCGCAAACCCAUCCAGAUCGUCGGCUUCGUCAUCCUCACCGCCAUCUUCAUCGUCAUCGGUUUCGCCUACCACGUCUUGAACGGAAAGGCCCUGCUGGCUCUCUACGUCCUGGCGCAGUUCUUCAUGAACUUCGGACCCAAUUCGACCACCUUCAUCGUUCCCGGUGAAUGCUUCCCGACUCGCUACCGCAGCUCCGCGCACGGAAUCUCCGCCGCCUCAGGGAAGAUUGGAGCCAUUAUCGCGCAGGUCCUCAUUGGGCCUCUGCGGACCAGGGGCGCGAAGCCCGGCUCUUCUGACUCCCCGUGGCUCAACCACGUCAUGCAGAUCUACUCUGUGUUCAUGUUCGCGGGCAUCUUCACGAGUUUCCUGAUUCCGGAGACGAAGAGGAAGACAUUGGAACAGUUGGCCGGGGAGGUGGAGGGGACGCCCGAGUUCGAUCCGGAUAAUGUGCGGGCGAGGACCGUGGAGAAACUCAAGGCUAGCGUGCCGAGCGGGGAGAAGACGGCGUGA